AUGGCUUUUAUUGCUCAUUAUUCAGCCUCGUACACGGAGUCAAGUGCGGCCUGUCCAGCCAUACGUUUCCCCAACGUCGACUGGCUCAAUUUCAUCAUACACUCCACAUUUCCCCGAUUGACAGUUCAACCGAGUUCUUUUUGGUACCGGGGUGGACACGCACAUGCAUAUGCACAUGCACAUGCAGGCACACUCGCACACAGACACACAAGCAGACACACGAUGGGGAUAGAUGAGUUGGGGAGAAGGAGACUUGUGCCAAUAGGCCAAAUAGAGCAUGAUGAAGACGAGCCGAGUGGACGGCCAGCCACCAGCAACCAGCCACCAGCAACCAGCAACCAGCCACCAGCAACCAGCAACCAGCAACCAGCAACCAGCAUCAGAACAGAAAGGAAGAUGCUACGUGAAGAGAUGAAGCCAAGGGCAAUCAGGAGCCAAGGAGUGGCAGAGAAAUCGGCUGACAGGAAGGAGGAGACAGAGAGUGCGGAGGAGGCAGGGAAGCUGUAUGAUUUGCCGGCGGAAAUGGGGCACGGACAGGCGGCAGGUGACGCGAGGGACAAACGGGCAGUUACGGAGCCGCAUGGCCAGGCACGAGGCAAGAGAGCGUUGCGUAGACGCAACGAAAGUGCGAGAACUCGCGGAUUCGGCGUAUCCACGUCCGCCUAUUUAUACGAGCUACCAGGCGGCUACAUGCGGAUCCACGAGGACCUAAUUCAGCGUUGCCGGCGUCCAUCAUGA